UUUAGUAUCCACGUCCAUUGGUAUUUCAAAUUGUCCCACUCGAUUUGCAAGAUGGCGUAAAACCACCGAAAAUCCCAGUCAUUGAGCCGUCAGAAUACCUUUGUUAAGGUGUCAAUACUUUGUAUGCUAACGGUUACUUGAAAAUCAUGGAAGAGAUCGGUAUCGUGUUGCCUGACAAGGAUAUUAGUGAGAGCGAUAUAAAACCACCUAUUGGCCACUACUCUGGUGCCGGAGAUGAACUGGAUGUCGAGGACCUUUAUACUAAAUAUAAGAAACUGCAGCGAAUGUUGGAGUUCCUUGAGGUUCAAGAAGAAUAUAUCAAAGAUGAACAACGGAACCUAAAAAAGGAAUAUCUUCAUGCUCAGGAAGAGGUAAAACGUAUUCAGAGCGUCCCCUUGGUAAUUGGGCAAUUUUUAGAAGCUGUAGAUCAAAAUACUGGAAUUGUGGGUUCUACGACUGGGUCAAAUUACUAUGUACGUAUACUAUCAACCAUAGACCGUGAAUUGUUGAAACCUUCGGCAAGUGUUGCUCUUCACAAGCACAGCAAUGCUCUUGUAGAUGUUCUUCCCCCUGAGGCUGAUUCGAGUAUAUCCAUGCUCCAAGCCGAUGAAAAGCCGGAUAUUCAGUACAGCGACAUAGGAGGGAUGGAUAUGCAGAAACAAGAAAUCAGAGAAGCUGUGGAGCUUCCUCUAACUCACUUCGAGUUGUAUAAACAAAUUGGAAUUGAUCCACCGAGAGGUGUGCUAAUGUAUGGGCCGCCGGGUUGUGGAAAAACUAUGCUUGCCAAAGCUGUGGCGAGGCAUACCACGGCGGCGUUUAUUCGCGUGGUAGGAUCCGAGUUCGUGCAGAAGUACCUAGGGGAAGGACCCAGGAUGGUCAGAGACGUCUUCAGACUCGCCAAGGAGAAUUCGCCAGCCAUUAUUUUCGUUGACGAAAUUGAUGCGAUAGCGACCAAACGUUUCGAUGCUCAAACUGGCGCGGAUCGAGAGGUCCAACGUAUCCUGCUGGAACUCUUGAAUCAGAUGGAUGGUUUUGAUCAGACCACUAACGUUAAGGUCAUCAUGGCAACCAACAGAGCCGAUACUCUGGAUCCUGCGCUACUGAGACCCGGUAGGCUUGAUCGAAAAAUCGAAUUCCCUCUUCCGGACCGUCGUCAGAAGCGUUUGGUUUUUUCAACAAUAACGACAAAGAUGAAUUUGAGUGAAGAGGUUGAUUUGGAAGACUAUGUCGCUCGUCCAGACCGAAUCUCUGGCGCUGAUAUAAACGCAAUUUGCCAGGAAGCCGGCAUGCAUGCGGUUCGCGAAAACCGCUACAUCGUACUAGCAAAGGAUUUCGAAAAAGGAUACAAAAACAAUAUAAAAAAAGACGAAUCGGAACACGACUUCUACAAGUAGAUCAAUGGCGCGCCAUAACUGUGUGGUUUCCGCAUCCAUCUUCAUCUGUAAUAACCGACGAGCCUGUGGAAAAUUCCUCUUUGAGAGUUGACAUCGCGUCCGCUGUUUUCUUUUCAAAAACAUUUUUUCGCUGUACCAUUGAAUAAAUAAGUUUGUGUCUAACUUUUACGCAAUA